UACAAAUCAAGAUCAAGAAGAAAGCUUUUGAAAAACUUACCAGUGAUUCCUUUGACCAAAAAAACCCAAUUACAUUACGGAAAGUCUAAAGAUCCAAAUCCUAUCUCUCUUAUUACAAGAUUCAAUUCUUUGGAAACAAUUCUAAAAGAGUACAUUAUAAACUCGGAUUUCCUUGAUGAAUUGGAGACUGUAAAAAUGAG